GGCGGAGGAGGAGGAGGAAGAAGAAGGAAGGGUCAGGCAAGAUGUCUAUGACCUUGAGCAAGCGUGACCUCCUGACCCAGAUGGUGUCCCAGACGAAGCAACACCGUCAGCAGAUCAGGAGUCUGGAGAACGAGCUGGAACGCCUUCGGUCCGGAGACGUCCUGAACAAGUGCGAGAUAGCCUCUGCCGACGUCGAGUGGAGGCCUGGGGACGUGGUGGGGGAGGGGUCCUUCUCCACCGUGUACCGAGGGCACUACUGCGGGACGGACGUGGCGGUGAAGGAGCUCAAGUUUAAGCUCUCGCAGGACGACAAGAAUUACUUCCGCUCCGAAGCUGCUCUCCUACAGCAGCUGCACCACCCACGGGUUGUCCUCAUGAUGGGCGUGUGUACGACCGCUGCACGACCCUUCAUGCUGCUCGAGUACCUGGCAGGCGGCACGCUGUACAACCUCAUUCACAAUUCCCCGCGCGACAAACUCGACCACGCAGCCUACUUUGUGGUGGCCAAAGACGUGGCUCAAGGCAUGAACUACCUCCACAAACACGAACCUCAGGUUCUCCACCUUGACCUCAAGUCCAUGAACGUCCUCCUCGACUCCUACUACCGGGCCAAGAUCGCGGACUUCGGUUUCUCUAUCCUGAAGAGGUCACGUGCUGGGUCGCCGGCUCAGCGUGGUUCCAUCAGAGGCACACCCGCUUGGAUGGCCCCUGAACUGCUGACGAAGGGACCGUGUCAGGCCAAGUGUGACGUGUAUAGUUACGCCAUCAUCCUGUGGGAGAUGCUGACGGCGAGCCACCCCUUCAGAGGCUUGGAUAUAUUCCAGAUCAUGGAAACCAUUGAAUCGGGCGGGCGUCCCCAUCUCCCAGUCGCCGGAGUGUCGAGGGAACUGAAGGAACUCAUCACCUCCUGCUGGGCUCAGAAUCCUUCCCUGAGGCCGAGCUUCGAGGAAAUCCUUGGGGCGCUGGACUCGGCCGCGGUCCCCACCUCCUGGCGUGGCGUCCUGCAGAAUGCUAAUAUCGGGCCUUCGUUACUGGCUGAUGUCGGCGCCGCGAGAACUAUAAUCGGAGUCGUGGAAGAAAGCGUGGAAUUGAUACGGCGUCAGUUGCAGCAACAGAGAGCGAUCAGAAAUAGCGAAAUGGACAACUCGCCCAGAGACCGCCAUAUUCCAGAGGCUCUCGAGACGAUGGGCUUGGUGACCUCUGACCCCGCCCGCUACCGUCCCGCGCGAGACGAGGCCUCCCGCUCCCCGCCCCACGCCUCCCCGACCCGCCGCCUUUCGCCCGCCCGCCGCCCAUCUCCCAGCAGACAGCCAGCCCCGCCGGGAAGUCCUCGCUCCUCCCCAGCCCCCCGCCCGCAGUCCGGACCGCGGGCGGCAGCGGGACCUGGUGCCGAGAGACGAAGGUCGGCGCCGGUCGCCCGACAAGAUGUCCCGCCCCCCCGUCAGCGACUCCGGGAGGAGGGCAGCGAGUCGGGACCACAGCAUAGACCAGCGCGUGCCUCGGCAGGGCGUCAGCAGCGAGCGCGGGCGAGGGCGGCGCGGCGAGAGCAAGGAGCGGGGCCCCGACAGACGGCGCAGCGACCGGCGCAGCCCGGAGAAGGAGCGGGACCGAGGGAGCCGCGAGCGAGAGACGAGGGCCAAGAAGGACCGCGGCUGGAACCAGGGGCGGGACCCGCGGGACCGGCGGCAGGAGAGCCGAGACCGCGACGGCAGCAAGGUCCGCGACGGCCGCGAGCGGAGGGACGACAGGCGGUCCAACAGGCCGCGCCGGGAGCCCAAGCAGGUCGUGGAGAGAGCAGGAACUUCAAGAUGUCCUCGCGCGACAGACGAGCCGCCAGCCUGGAGACCAGCGACGAGCGAGACCGCCGCUCGAGCAGCAACGAGAGGCGCUUCAGCAGCACCGACAGACACUCGGAACUCCGCCGGGAAAUCCGAUACAAGAAGCCGUACAACCGCGAGCGCCAGCUGUCCGGCGACAAGAGGGCGAGGCUGAGGCGCCAGGCCGAGAGUCGCGAGCGGCUGGCCGACAGCAGAGACAGCCUGGGCGAGAGUCCCAACGAGUCGUGGACGAGCCUGGAGGGCAGCAGCUCCGGGGGCUCCAACCACGUCCUGGACGAGCCGGAGGACCCGCGCCUCGAAAAGCGCGACCGGAGGUACUCGUCCAGCCCGAGGCGACGCUCUCCCGAGCGCAGGUACUCCCCUAGUCCGCGCAGUCCCGAGCGGCGGCGCUCCACGGACCGCCACUUGGAGGCGGACUUCCGCCACAGCCCCGAGCGGUGGCCGCGGUCGUCCCGCAGUCCUCAGCGCCGGGCGCGAGCUCGGUCGCCGGAAGCGCGCAGGGCAGAGUCCGGCUCGCGCGUCGGGCCUCUGGUCGUGACCUCGGAACAGCUGUUGAGUCAGAAGCAGAGGCUGCGACCCGUCCGGCCCGCGGCGCUGUCCGACCUGACUCACAUCCCCGAACACUCGCUCAACGACAUUUCCCUCAUCCUCAAGACGGCCAUAACGAAGAGACGCGAUGCCUUUGACGAGGCUCUCAGCGGCAGGGACUCGUACCGCUCGGACGACAUGGACUGGUCCGACUGGCACUGAAAGGCUGGCGCUGGAUGUGGUUUAAAAUGAAUGAUACAUCCCGGUGUAUCUGCGGAUUCAGUUUCUGCAAACGAUAACCGCAACAAAUUGUCACAUUGAGAUGCUACUUUCUUGAAGUUCUUUUACUACUUUACCAAAAUGCGUAUUUUCGUAGAACACACACUAGCGUCAUCGAUUCCUUGGCAUCUCUCAAAACGACAUUAAAAAGACCUCAUCAAAAGAAUUAAAACCAGCCUUCUUAAUGUAAUAUACAAAGCGAUCAUGUAGUUAGCUUUUGAUACCAGUGUAUUGCGAUUUGCACGUUGUACUUGUAUAUAAUAUAAAUAUAAUGAGCCCAAAGAAUGCCAGAAGGCCAGUAACUUUACGCAUUGGCUCGAGACAUUCAAUUGAUAACUGGAGCACGAAUUCCAGGAAUAUCACUUUUAUAUGGCUGUAUUUUUCCUAAUGCUUUUUAUGACCAGGAGUAAAUAUCUAUUUUUUGUAUAUAUAUACGUGGGAAAUGUAUGAUGAAAUUCUUUCUACAAGUUUCUAUGGUGCGCGAGAUAUUGCGCCCAAUAAUAAGUAAAGAACUGUGUUUGGAAUAAAGAGAAAUCACACACCACCACAAAGCUGAAAUGAAAAUGACCAUCAAUCUAUUUUCAGAGAACUUUUCGUGAGCAAGCGAUGUUCUUUGUCAAAGUACGUGCAGUUGAGUGUUCAGUGGUGGUCUCUUUGUGCAUAUCCUAGAGUUAUGUACAGUUGCGAGAGGUCAUCCAUAAGUUGCGCUGAACUUGCUUUGUUUUCCCAAAGCAAAGUAGCAGCAUGACUGACCGAGAGGACCGUGGGACUGUGUAUUUUCUAAAGCUGGCGAAAAGUCCGGCUCCCAAUGUUAAAAAUUAGGGUACUAAAAUAAAUCGUCUUUUCAGAAAUUAUUG